AUGUCCCGACCCCGAAUCGCCUGCUUCCACGGCGGCGGCUCCAACUCGACCAUCUUCUCCAUCCAAUCUGCGCAACUCUCCGAACUACUCUCCGAAUUCGAAUUCGUCUUCUUCGACGGCCCGUUCGAGCGCGGGCCGGGCCCCGGCGUCCUCCCCGCAUUCCGCAACGAUGGGCCCUUCCGCAGCUGGUUCACCACCGACCCAUCAGGUCACGAGGUAUCCGAUGGCAGCGGCUUCGGCGACGGCGAGGAGGACGGCAUCGAGCGAAUCUACCGGCUUAUGGACACCAAGGGCCCCGGGGGCGAGUGGGUCGGCGUGAUGGGGUUCAGCCAGGGAACGAGGCCAGCGGGCGGAGUGUUAUUGGACGUGCAGCGGGGAAAUAAGAAGUCAGGGCCUAGAACUGGACGAAAUAUUCGAUUCGGAAUCAUGUGUAUGGGUGGGGGGAUACCGAUGGAGUCGGAAAACCAAGCCAGCACCACCGCGCGAAUCACACUCCCAACCCUCCACGUGCACGGUCUGAAAGACAUGUUCCUGCCACUCGGCCAGCACCAACUCGCCACAUACUACGACUCGACGAGCGCAAAUCUCUACGAAAUAGACUACCACCAUGCAAUGCCGUGGGUACGCUCAGAAGUGGAACAUUUCGCCGAGUUGAUUCGGAAGCUGUAUCGGGAGACGCGAUAG